AUGUGCCGUUCUGGCUUCCUCCGGUGCUUGCUGCGGCUUGCCUUGGCCUCGCUCCCGCUCGCUGCCGCCGCCACGCCUGCCAAGAAGAAGCUGGUCAUCGACACCGACCUGUUCUCCGACGUAGACGAUACCACCGCCCUGCUUUUGGCCGCCACCUCAACCAACGCGAACCUGCUUGCUGUCAAUGUCAAUUAUCCCAGCUCUUACUCUGCUCUAGCCGCCUCCGCCAUCCUCGCCCAUUAUGGCCAUCCGGAUAUCCCCAUUGGAGUUGUGCGUCCCCUAACCAACGCUUCUUUCUUCGACCAACUCUACUUCGAGCAUGGCGAGUACGCAAGCAAAGUGGCUUACCACUGGUCGGCUGGCUCGUUGCCAUGGGGUGAUGCCGACCGCGCCUGGGAUCCAGUGUCGCUGUACAGGAAAGUCCUGGCUGAACAGGAAGACGAGAGCGUGACCAUCGUGUCCGUUGGCUUCUUCGAAAACCUGUCGGGCCUGCUGAACUCCACGGCUGAUGGCCACUCUAGCAGCUCCGGUCUCGAGCUCGUCCAAACAAAGGUCUCAGAGCUCGUCAUCAUGGGCGGUGGCUAUCCAUCCGGCUUUGAAUUCAACUUCCAUGGCUCAAACAGCUCGCUGACUGCACAUGUCGUGAACAACUGGCCGGGCAAGAUGACGUUCUCUGGUAGCGAACUGGGCGGUAACGUGUCGUCUGGCGCCACUUUGACUGUGAAGGCUCCUGCUGGCGAUCCGGCUGCCGCCGCGUACCGCUGGUACACGGGCUACAAUGUUUCGCGAUUCAGCUGGGAUCCUCUCACCGUGCUUUAUGCCUGUGACGGGCUUGGCCAUCUAUUCGAGUACGCGAAUGAGUUUGGCUACAACUACGUGCACCCGAACGGAAGCAAUGAUUGGGUCUACGAUGAGACGGCGACGAAGCAGCACUGGCUGCAGUUGAAGGUUGACAACGAGACGGCUGCCCGGGAGCUGGAUCGUCGUUUCCUGGAAGGCGCCGUCACCGCGAGUUACGAAAGAAAGUGA